AUGCGUUUAGCAUUCCUCUGGGCUUCUUUGACUGCCCUCACGGCGGUCUCGUCUGCUGCAAUCACGGAAACAGGACAGUGUGGCGGAACCACCGGCCUCACGUGCGAGGGCUCACGCUUCGGCAACUGUUGCUCGCAGUACGUGACUCACGAAAUAUGA